AGCAGUGCCUGGGAGGCAGAAUAGGAGAAGUUGGGGAGGCAGUUGGUGCACUGUUCAGUCAUUUCCAAGCGUGGCGUCACUUCCGCUCGGAGGCAGCAAAGGGAAAGCAAAUCCUCCCCCCGCUAGAGGCCAAGAUGGCGUCGUGACCGGAAGUUGGCAUUGUUUGGCCGCUUCCCUUCCUGUUUUGGCCGAAUUCGAGAGUUAGUGGCGUCUUGCAGGGGUCGGUUGCUUCUCAGGCCGCCAUGAAGAAGUUCUUCCAGGAAAUUAAGGCGGAUUUGCAGUUUAGGACGGCCGGGCCAGGCCAGAAGCUCAGCGAAGCGCCCAAGGAAAGAGCACCCAAAGACAAGGCUAAAGCAGAACCCUCCAAGUGCCGCCAAGGACCCACCAAUGAAGCCCAGAUGGCAGCAGCAGCAGCCUUGGCCCGGCUGGAGCAGAAGCCGAAGCCUCGGGCCCCUUCGUCCCAAGACGCCAUUAGAAAUCAAGUGAAAAAAGAGCUGAUGGCUGAAGCAGCUGCGAGUGAAAAGGGAGCAUCCGUGGAACAGAAGAGUGCUCUCCCUGACGUCGAAGAGGGCCCCUCCAUCUUUUCUGUGUCUGGAGUCUACUUCACUUGCCCCUUAACUGGGGCUACCGUCCGGAAAGACCAGAGAGAUGCCCGGAUCAAGCAGGCCAUCCUCGAUCACGCUGUCAAUGACCCCGUUGCUUCUUCCAUCAUGGAGAUUCACACUUUCAACCGAGACCGAGAGAAGGUCAAGCUUGGCGUGGAGACGAUUGCAAAGUACCUUGAUAACAUCCAUCUCCAUCCAACUGAAGAGAAAUACCAGAGAAUCAAGCUCCAGAACAAGGUGUUCCAGGAAAGAAUCCACUGCUUGGAAGGGGCACACAAGUAUUUCGAAGCUGUUGGGUUUGAAAAGGUGACCCAAGCGGUGCCAGGACAAGAAGACAUCACCGAGGAUUUCUAUGUGCUGAAGGAGGAGGCCUUGGGAAAGCUGGAUGAGUUGAAGGAGCGCAAAGAGCAGCUUUUGGCUGGCGAACCCGUCCGGGCACAGCUGGACCGCCAGCGCUGCAUCUUCAAGCCAUCCUCACAGGCCUCCCACUUUGAGCUGCCCAACGAUUUCUUCAACCUCACGGCAGAGGAGCUGAAACGGGAGCAAAGGCUUCGGACAGAUGCGGUUGAGAAGGCCUCCAUGCUGAGGACCAAAGCCAUGCGGGAGAAGGAGGAGCAGCGGGAGCUGAGGAAGUACAACUACACCCUUUUGCGUGUCCGUUUUCCAGACGGCUACAUCCUGCAAGGGACCUUCUUUGCCCGGGAGCCCGUUUCGGCACUUUACCAGUUUGUGCGGCAGGCCUUGCAGAACGACUGGCUCCCGUUUGAGCUGCUGGGCCCUGGGGGCCACAAACUGAUGGAUGAGACCAUGGCCCUCAACGAGUGCGGGCUGGUGCCCUCUGCGCUCCUGACAUUUGCCUGGGAUGCGGAGGUCAUGGCGGACAUCAAAGCCUCCGGGGGCGAGCGCAUUGAGAACGUCCUGAAGCCAGACCUCCUCUCCGCUGUGCAGACCCUCUCCUGAAAAUAAAAUAAACUUCCAGCUUGGUUCGAGUCACCUUCCGUCCGAUGCCUGCUUCUCCCGUACAUCAAACAGGAGCUAUUUGGCGAAUCCUGCUCUCUUCUCUGUCUUGUGAACAUUAGACAGGGGAAGAAGACGAAGAAGAAGGGAAAAGACUUUUAUUUCCCCCUCGCAUUUGUUCAGGAGUCAGAGCUGAAUAAUUGACUCUCUUUGGCUCCUCUGCAGCGUAUUGAGGACUUGGCCUGAAUUCACUUGUGUCAGGAGUUCUAUUUUUAAGAAGCGCUGCCUUUUCUAUGUAUGCGGUUUCCCUCAGAGAGGCUCCAAACAGAGGAAGGAUUUCCUCCAAAUCGAUUUAACGUCCUGCCCCAAAAGGCAUGGCAAUGAGACUCAGCAGUUGUUCGGAGUCCAAAGCACUAGGAACGCUUGUUUUUCUUUCCAAGCACUUUGUUUUCUUCAUUCUCCAAAGUCAAGGGGGCUGUUGAUUUUCUUUCUAUUUAAGUGUAUUCACUACAAACCAGUCUGAUAAGCUGCUUGCUUGAUUCGCGGAUGAUCCUGUAGCAAAAGAGGCACUUUCCAGAGCAGGAGAAAGCAAAAGAAGGCCCUGAAGUACAACCCAACACGUCCCAGCUAGAAUAGAGCUGCUCAAUCCAUUGCUGAAUGGCGAGAAUCAGUCUGUAGGAAGUUCUCAUUGGUAGGAUAGGUCUGCCAAUCAGUUUAGGCAUGAUAUGAGGUUUUCCUACUCUAUCAUGGCUUCCUUGUUGUGCUGUGACAGCCAUCUCUCAGAAUUACUCCACUUCUGUGCAGAGGACUGAAGAACAGGCUGGCUAUGUCCCUGUAGCCAGGUGCAAAUCCUAAUUGAGGUUUGCUAGGGUCCUCAGCAGAAAAUGCCAUUGGUUUGCAGCUUGGUAUAGGGUGAGGCAGCAUAACUUUAUUUUUUUCAAAACUUAAUAAAACCCAUUGUAUGAAUCAGAAAUUUUUAUUAUUCUAAUUUAGGCGCAUACCUAAAAUUUUGUUUUACGUAGUUUUGAAGAUCAAAUUAGGUAGGUGACGUCCCCCAUUCUCCAUACACUGAGGAAACUGAUUUCUGGCGUUUGUCCUGACUCUUGCCAGCAUAGCAGGCAUUAUUUUGGCCAUUUCUUCCUGGAUGUUGGUCUUCAAAUCUUGUAGGGUCGUUGGACGGUUCACAUAAACACAGGAUUUCAAAAAACCCCAUAGAAAAAAAUUCACAAGGGGCCAAAUCUGGAGAGCGGGCCGGCCACUCCAAAUCUGCUCGAAAAGUAGGCCUCAGCGGCGAAAGCAUGCUCCUCACUGUUCCAAUGCAUGAUGGCGACUGAACUGUGUCAGGACAAAACUUUAUACUCCCGCCUCUCAAACAAGACCACUAGCGCUCCGCUAUGUCUUCAAACAACUGAAUUAUGCGCAUUUUAAAAAGGAAGUUAUGCUGCCUCACCCUGUACAUAACAAGGUGCUUCCCUGAUAUCCCUUGCCCCAAGAGGAGAUUGGAGAAAAGGCUGGCUGUGGCCUUGUAGCAAGACACACAGCAAAGAUAUCCUCAUUGAGAUUUGCUAGGGUUUUCAGAAGAUAAUGCCAUUAGUCUGCAGCUUGGGAUGUAGCCAGAUGCUUCUGAUAGCCCCCUUCCUAUUCCAUCUCCCAUGGAAAGGAUUGGGGUAAUGGGCUGGCUAUGUCCCAAUACCAGGACACAAAAAAGAUUUGCUUGGUUCCUCAGCAGGUAAUGGGAAUAGCCAAGUGAUUCUCUAAUAGCCCUUUCCUUUACUUAUUCCUAUGUUCUCAACCUGUGGGUCCCCAGGUGUUUUGGCCUACAACUCCCAGAAAUCCCAGCCAGUUUACCAGCUGUUAGGAUUUCUGGGAAUUGAAGGCCAAAACAUUUGGGGACCCACAGGUUGAGAACCUGGCGUUACUAACUAGAAAAGAAUGAAUGCCAUUUCCCAUUCCUGGCACUACAUCUAAUUUCUAGUUCUAGUUAACAUAGCCUGUUAGAAUGAAGCAUCUAUAAGAGCUACCUUUGCACAUUUCCAUUUAUUCUAGUUGGGAAGGAAUCUUAAGAGAUUGGGAGUAUUCAAAUUCACUGCUCUCAGGAGGUGACGGCAGUACGGUUUAAGAAGUCCACACUGCAUUUCAGAUUUAGUUUGAGGCAUUAAGAGCUAUAGUUCAGCUGAUAGGGAUUGUGGAAGCUGCAGUCCUCUGACUACUAAUUUUCUGGGAGUUCAAGUUCAAAGUAGCUGUGAACCACCUUGAGUCCCCUUCAGGGUUGAGAAGGGCGAUAUAUAAAUACCGCAAACAAAUAGGUUAGUGUGACAGAAUUCUCCCUAUUUCUAGAGGAAUAGUCUCUUUUAGAAGACAGAUGGUGCUGCGAAAAAUGAAUGUGUUAAUUACGAAAGUAUUCCUUGAAAAAUAUUAGCUGAUAUUUCAAAAUUUAUGAAAUGCUUUUGGAGAGUUUUCACAGCUCUCUGCGGAAACCAUUUGUUGUCAUCUUCGAUCACUUUUUGUCAUCUUUUCAUCUGUCCUUUUUGAGUCUUCCGUUCUUAAACAACUUGUUCUAAUACAGAAAGGCUGUACAGUGAUCGUUGUUACUGAAUUUUGAAUUAAAUUUAGUUACUGAAAUGA